GCAACCUGGAAAAAAAAAGAAAAAAGGGGAAGAAGAUAGCAGAGACCAUAGAGAGUGCGAGCGAGGGACUAAAGACUGCUCAAAGGACCAAAACAAAAGAGCAGAGAGAGAGAUAGAGAGGAAAGAAAGAUGGAGAGAUCUGAGUUGGGUACCGAGUCAUCCCUGAGUUAGGUCACAUCACGCCAUCGACUUGUCUGCAUUAAUUAGUAGUGACGAUCCAGAGCGUUAGAUCUCAUUCGUGUCAACCGUCUGAUUCUUCUUUUUCUCUCUCCCUUCCUCACGCUGCAUCUAAGAAUUUGAAGCGAACAAUCUGAAGGAAAAGAAGCUGCAACUAAGAAACCGAACGAUAAGGUCGGGUUUCGGUGGGUUGUUUUGUUGUACGACUCGGUGCUUUUUCAGAUUUGACCUUUGUGGAAGCUUGAAUGGAGCUCAAGUUCACUUGAUUAAAGUCGAUUUAGUGUUUGGAAGCUGAGAAAAUUCGAAGAAGUUUGAGUAAUGUUGAGGGAAAUAAAUAAUAAUUAUCUUAUGUAGCAGUUUAUAGUUGAAAUUUUGAUGAUAAUUGUUCUCUUUCAUUUGGAUCUUGUUUGGAUUCUCAGAAACAUAUAAAGUUGAUUUGUGGCAGUUAGGGCUGAAUAGUAGAAGCCCUAAUCUACUGGGAGUUUUUCUACUAAUUAAAUCCCUAGAAAAUUUGUGAACUAUAUUUGCCCAAAUAUGGAACAGACUUCAUAGCUUAGAAAUUGAAAGAGAGAUAGAAAUAUAUAGAACCAAUGGAAGAUAUCUCCAAGUAUUCCCACAGUCCUGUGCACUUUGCAGUUGCACGCCGUGAUUAUGCAGCCCUCAGGUGCAUUAUCUCAACUCUUCCGUCUCUUGCCAAGGCUGGUGAAGUUAAAACGGAAGAAGAGUCUCUUGCUGCUGAGGUAAGAGCUGAUGCUGUUUCUGCUGUCAUUGAUCGCCGAGAUGUUCCUGGCCGUGAGACUCCUUUGCAUCUUGCUGUUAAAUUGCGAGACCCAAUCUCUGCAGAGAUUUUGAUGGCAGCUGGGGCAGAUUGGAGCCUGCAGAAUGAAAAUGGUUGGAGUGCUCUUCAAGAAGCAGUUUGCACAAGAGAGGAGCAAAUUGCUAUGAUAAUUGCUCGGCAUUACCAACCUCUUGCUUGGGCAAAAUGGUGUCGUCGGCUUCCACGAAUUGUUGCUUCAUCAGCCCGUAUCCGUGACUUCUACAUGGAGAUAGCAUUUCAUUUUGAGAGUUCAGUUAUCCCAUUUAUUGGCCGCAUUGCCCCUUCAGAUACUUAUCGCAUUUGGAAGCGUGGUUCUAACCUCCGUGCGGAUAUGACCCUUGCUGGGUUUGAUGGUUUUCGCAUUCAAAGGUCAGAUCAAACAUUUCUCUUCUUGGGAGAGGGGUAUUCUUCAGAGGAUAGUAAUAUAUCUUUGCCACCAGGUUCACUAAUUGUUCUUGCACACAAGGAAAAGGAAGUUACUAAUGCUUUGGAGGGGGCUGGUGCUCAACCAACAGAAGCAGAGGUUGCCCAUGAAGUGGCUUUAAUGUCUCAAACUAAUAUGUAUAGGCCAGGAAUUGAUGUCACUCAGGCAGAGCUUGUUCCUCAUUUGAACUGGCGGCGGCAAGAGAGGACAGAGAUGGUUGGAAAUUGGAAGGCCAAAGUUUAUGAUAUGUUUCAUGUGAUGGUGAGUGUGAAGUCAAGGCGCGUUCCAGGUGCAAUGACUGAUGAGGAGCUUUUUGCUGCGGAUGAUGAAGACAGGCCAGUAAAUGGUGCUGACAAUGAUGAGUUUGAUGAUGUAUUGACAGCUGAGGAGAGGAAACAGUUGGAUACUGCACUUCGUAUGGGGAAUUCAGAUGGUCUUUGUGAGGAUGAGGAACUUGGGGUCAUCGAGUAUCAAGAAAAUGGAUCUGGAGGUUCUUAUGAAAAUGGGGAAUCCAAUGGUGCCAUUAAAGAGAAGAAGAGUUGGUUUGGUUGGAAGAACAAAGGUUCAAAGAACAAUAAUGAUGAUCCUGAAGAUUCAAAAAUCUUGAAGAAGUUUUCGAAGUUGGCACCUGAAGGUGGGAACCAGAAAUCAGUUGAUAAUAAAAAAUCAUCGUCUGAAUUUUCUAGGGAGGAUUUGGGGGAUACCAAGAAGGGAAAGGAUAAAGGCAGCAAGAAGAAAAAGAAGAAAGGGGUCAGUAGCGAGUCUAAGCAUGAGAGUGAGUACAAGAAGGGUUUAAGACCUGUCUUGUGGCUGACACCGGAUUUUCCUUUGAAAACUGAGGAGCUCCUACCUUUACUUGAUAUAUUAGCGAACAAGGUCAAAGCUGUUAGGAGGCUUAGGGAGCUUCUGACUACUAAAUUACCUCAAGGAACAUUUCCUGUCAAGGUUGCCAUCCCCAUUGUCCCAACUAUUCGGGUGCUUGUUACUUUCACAAAAUUUGAGGAGCUUCAGCCAGUGGAGGAGUUUUCAACCCCCCUUUCCAGCCCAGCACAUUUCCAGGAUGCCAAAUCCAAGGAAGCAGAAGGGUCCACUUCUUGGAUUUCAUGGAUGAGGGGGAGUCGUGGUGGGCAAUCAAGUGAUAGCGAUAGUCAUAGAUACAAGGAUGAGAUUGACCCAUUCCACAUACCAUCAGACUAUACUUGGGUUGAUGCUAACGAGAAGAAGCGCCGCAUGAAGGCCAAGAAAUCCAAGAGUAAGAAACAUAGGAAACAGGCCGCCGCCAGAGGUGGGGAUGGUGGAACACAUCAAUUGAGUGAAGAUGUGGAAGAAUAAUUGGCGACCAACUAUCCCAAGGACCUUUGCCACUACAAAAUCCUUUGCAAGGUAAAAUACAAGAUAGGGCUCUGCUUGCACAUCUGACCUUUAUUCAUCUUCCGAGUCACACAUUGGAUGAUUUCAUAGAAUCUGUUAGGGAAUCAGUUCUUGUUGAUUAUGAAGACUGUUGUCUUCUGUUCUUGUAUUGUUUUGUGAUGAAAUUGAAGAGGAGCGGAGUCUUCUUCAUUCCUUCUUUUAGACAUUAAUCUUUGUAUCAUAAUCAGUUGAUUACCAAGCUUACACUUCUGUGAUUGAUAUUCUUUUCCCUUGGUCAUUUUCA